AUGAAAGAAUUAGUAGGAAGAUCACGAAAUGAAAGAAAGCUAGAUGGAAUUUACAACAAGCAAAGGGACAUACUGAUACAUCAGUAUAAAAGCAAGAGGGUAAAGAAUAAGGACAUAUACACAAAUUUAAGCAAAAGAAAAGCAAAUGAGACCAUUCCCUUUCCAGAAAUAUAUGAGAAAAAAAGAAAAAUUGACAAGAUAAAGUUGAAUUCUUACAAAGUGACUGUAACCAGAUUAGGAAAUGUCAAAUCGAAUUAUAACACCCCGAAUAAUAUCCAAAUCGUAAGAAACAAUGGCGAAAUUGCCGAACACUCAGGACAUCUCAGACAGAUGGACAUGGCCCCCCAAAACAACAGAAGUAAUAACAAUAUUACAUUAUAUAAGGGAAUUCAUAUGAUCAUAUAUAAACAUAUAUAUUCCAAAACGAAGUUUGUAAAAAGUCUAAGCUUAUUCAUAAAUCUAUGUAUUAACUACUUAAAUAAUGAAAAUAAAAAUGUUUUUUUUUUUGCUUUUGAUAAAAUAGUAAAGGUAUUCCUUCAAAAUUAUAUCCAUGAUGAUAACCAAAAUUCAACACACCUCAUCUACACCGUUUACAACGACAAUGAGUUGCAUAUCAAAUGCAUGAUUUCUCUUUUUGACAAAGUUAUAAAUAAAAUAAUAGACAAUCGUUUUCUCAUAAAUAAUAAUACCACCCCCUCAGUAGCACCGAUAAAAGGGGGGAAAGAAUCUCAUGAUGGAGCAGAGGAAGCUUCAAAUGAUACUAAGAAUGGCUGUUCCUCUUAUCCUCCAAAAAAUGACUUAUUGCCUCCUCAUAAUGGAGAUAGAACCGAUGAGAGGAAAUUUCCUAAAGGAGAUUCACUGCAAAUGGAGAAUGCUCAACAGCAUGAUUCUGCAAAAUGGGCGAUCGCGAAUAGUGAUGCCAGAGGCGAAGGGGAUAGUGACGAAAAUAAUGACGUGAGUAGUGACAAGAAUAAUGACGUGAGUAGUGACAAGAAUAAUGACGUGAGUAGUGACAAGAAUAAUGACAUGAGUAGUGACAAGAAUAAUGACGUGAGUAGUGACAAGAAUAAUGACGUGAGUAGUGACAAGAAUAAUGACAUGAGUAGUGACAAGAAUAAUGGCGGGAGAAACCCCCCCCUGCAUGAUAAUACAGAAGACAAUAGAAACAAACAAACCAAUGAACCGAGCAAAGUAAUUAUUUCCAAAAGGGAAAAAAAAUACCUAAAGGCACUUAAAAUUAAAGUAUACUAUUUAAUUAUACUAUAUAAACUAAAUGAUAAUUUUGUUUUUAACAAAUUAAUAAGUAUAUAUAGGCAAAUCUUUCAGGAACUUCUGGGAGACUAUGAUCUUUUUGAGGAAACAUUAUGUCAGGAAAAAUUGAAACCAUCAAUUGUAGAAGAGCAGGUUGUUUCCAAUUGUACGAAAGAAAAUUCAGCGCCCCGCAUCUGUGAUUUCACAACAGAUAAUAAUGAAAUCGUUGAUGAUGAAAAUUUCCUAAUUGUGCUUGAUAAGUGGACCUUACCAAAUGAUUACGAAAUUUUUAAGAUAAAAAGAAAUGCAUUUGUUAAGUGUAUGUCAAAAUUGUAUAACUUUAUUAAUGUCAAAUGGGCCAGUACUUUAGUAGAAAGCCUACUGCUAGACGUGUAUUUGAAAAAAUACAUCUUCGAUACCUGUGAUGAAAUAGUUAUAGAGAAACUCCAAUCAGCAGCUAAAUUAAAUAUGAACAAAAGAAAAAAUAAAUUUCAUUCCCCCCAUGUUUUAUCCAUAGGAGAAUCCUUAAAUCCAGUGGUGGACGCUCGGGAUGAGAAAAUUGUAUCCCUUCAUGGUUCUCAUGUUUGGUCAACCAAGCAAAUGGAGCAUUAA